AUGAUUUCUAAUAUAAAAGCGUUUAUCAAAAAGCUUGAGUUUUGGGAACAAGACUUAAUCGAUGGCGAUACCAGGAAUUUUUCUGUUCUUUCAGAAAAGAUAUCUCAAAGGCCAUUAGAACCAUAUGAUAGUAAAUAUCAUGUAGAAAUAGUCUCUAACUUGAAGGAUAACUUCAAAAAUCGUUUCAAGGAUUUCAACGAAAUUGCUAUAGUGGCGCAAUUUAAUUUUACGACAUCGCUGCGCCGGAAAUGUAUGUGAUUGCGUUUCAAACUGAUUUAGC